CUGUGUAAAACCAGAAAGAGAGAUCAAGAGCUUGACACCUGUCUGUGCUAUCCCUGGCAGUACCUCAGAGCCCAGCAGUUUGGACAACCUGAUUGCUUGAUGUUUCUCCACCUCUCCUGCAUAUUAGCUGUAAUUCUAGAAAUGCUGCUCAGUGUAGUAUAAAGUAUGGCAUACAGCAACUAAAAAGGUUGAGAGAUUGUUGGCCUUGUGGACCUGCUUUGGAUUUACACCAGCUUGACUUCUUCAAAUGCGAUGACUCAGCAGCUCCAGGAGGAAUUUGACAGCAGCGUGGAGAAUGCAGAAGCUUGGAUGAAGGCCAUCCAAGAGAGACUGAGGAUCAAUGACAACACCAAAGGACCUCGAUCUGCCCUAGAAGCCAGACUAAAAGAGACUGAGAAAAUACGUGCCCUGGAACCAGAAGGCAGCUUGAAAAUGGACUUGAUUCUUGUGAAGGCAGAUGCUGCUCUUCGCAGCAUCAGUGAGGAUAAGAAGCAUGAGGUGCUCUCUAAACUGAAAGACAUUAAAGCCUUGUGGGAAGAGACAGCCAUAUACAUUACUCAUUGUCACAGCCGCAUUGAGUGGGUCUGGCUGCACUGGAGCGAGUACCUGAAAGCCCAGAAUGAGUUUUACACAUGGAUCCACAACAUGAGGGUGACCUUGGAGCCUGACAUUGAGUUGCAGCUUGGCUUAAAGGAGAAGCAGUGGCAGCUGAGCCAUGCUCAGGUUUUGCAGAAUGAUGUCCUAAAUCAGUCAGUCCUUCUGGAAAGGCUGCUGGAGGAAGCUGCUUCGUUGUUCAGCAGGAUAGGUGACCCCAGUGUUGAUGAAGAUGCUCAGAAGAAAAUGAGGGUGGAAUAUGAAGGAAUCAGACAAGAAGCUCAGAACAGAGUGAAACUGCUUGAAACGAUCACCAAGGAACAUGAGCAGUACAGCGCCAGUGUCAGCCAGUUUCAAUCGUGGCUGAGUGGUGUCGCAGAGAGAUUAAACUGCUGCACUGGAGAAGCAACCAAGUCUUCAGCAGAGGACAAGCUAAAGGCACUGAAGGAAAUUGCCAAAGACAUUAGGAGUGGUGGAAAGAAAUGGAAGCACCUUGAAAAUCAGUGUGCAGAGGUGAUUCAGAAUACCUCUCCACUUGGAUCUGCAAGACUGAAGGAUGAACUCGAAGAGCUAAGAAAAGCCUUGGAGAAGUUGAAACUGCUGAGUAGUCAGGAGGAGGAGAGAUUGCUCAAGAUCCAACAGUCUGAAAGUGCCUAUGAGUCCCAAGCCAAACAAUUAGAAGCAGACAUCCAGCAGCUGAGGAAAGAUCUACAGAGACUAGAAAAUGACCUGGACCCUGGGGAAGGGGAAAAGACUGAAGAUGAGUUUCUAACUCUGUGGAAAAAAUGCAAUGCAACAAGAGCAGCUCUGGCUGCAGAAGAGUCAAAGAUUGAGAGGCUGAAGGCUCAGCUUAAGGAACUGCUACGGUUUUCCCAAGAUGUGCAGCCACACAUUGACAGUGUUGUCUCUGCAAUACAGCAGUAUCAAAGUGUUAGAAGCAAGACUUCUAAAAUGAGCACUGAUACAGAAACCGAGAUGUGGAGACUCAUCCAAGAUCCCCUGCAAAGUUUUGAGCAGUGGAAGCCAUCGGUCCAGAUGCUCCUGGAGACUCCUGCGCCAGAGCUGGCUCACAUUGAGGCUGCUCUAGCUGAAAGCUCCCAGUUCAAAGAGAAGUUGAUGACAUUACAGGUAAAGAAAGAUAUGCUAAACAAUGUCCUUGGUGAGGAAAAAGCAGAGUCUUUCCUUCAAGAAGUAGCUGAAGCUUCAAAGGAGAGAGAAAUUCUACACAAAAGUCUGCUGCAAAGCAAGAGCAAACUUCAGAAUUUGAUAUUGCAGCAUAAGAACUUUGAUGCCGGUUUUGCACCAUUGCAGAAGAAAUUAUCUGCCAUCAAAGCCAAAUUAGAUCUGGAGAAGGAACCACGGCCUGACCUGUUGGGUAAAAAGACACAACUCCAGAGACUCCAGAUGAUCCAAGAUGACCUGGCAGAGCUUGCAAUUCACAUGGAGGAGGUAGACAAGCUUGUUCAGUCAAAUACCACACACAGGCAUGAAAUGAACCAACUUUCAUCUGACUUUCAAGCCCUGAAGAGAUCACUGGAGAUGAUGAUACAGCAGAGUGAAGACCACGUUCAGAAGCACUGGGCAUAUAAUGACAAACUGUCUGACCUCCAGCAGUGGAUCUCAGUAACCAGGGAGAAGAUUGACUCCUGCCAGGGUGCUGAUGGAGAGCAGAACAUCGAGGGCAGGCUGGAAGACCUGGAGAGAUUGCUGGCUGAGUUUCCAGAUAAGGAGAUCCAGCUGCACCUUGUGGAAGCUCAUGGCCAGUUGGUCAUGGAGAAUUCUUCUCCAGAGGAGACUGCCCAUGUCCAGGGAGAGCUGGAUCAGCUGAAGGAGUCGUGGAAAUCACUGAAGGAGAUGGCAACUGGCCUCCUCAAAAAGUGGCAGUUAAAUAGACCAGUGGCUGACAAGAAGAAGAAAAGAGCAUUUGUGGACAGCAGAUGGAUGUCCAGACCUGCUUUCCAUCUUUUUGAUGUCGAUCCCAGCCAUGAGCAGGAGAAGAUGGGAGAAGGGCAAACUACAAGCAGCCACUUGAAGCUCCUAGAUGACUUUGAAGAGUGGUUACGAGGAGAAAACACUGAACUGACCAAAAUUCUUGCUGGGACUCCAUCUUCUGCAGAGGAAAUUAAGGCACACCAGAGUAAACUUGAGGAGCUGCAGUCUCGUGUGCCUCAUGGUCAGCAUCUCUUUGAGGACCUCCUUCAUCUUCAUCCUGUCGUGGGGAGUUCUGAAGACCUGGAAGACCUGCGCUACCGAUGGAUGCUCCACAAAUCCAAGCUGAGAGAGGCCCUGAGCUCAGCGAGUGCUGGAUCUUUGGAGGAACCAGACAGAUUCAGAAAGCAGCGCUCUGGAGGCGUGUGCUCGUACCUGCACCGUGUGUGCCGCGCAGCGCUCCCCCUGCAACUGCUCCUGCUGCUGCUCCUGCUCCUGGCAUUCCUGCUGCCCCUGGCAGAGGAGACCCACAGCUGCACGCUGGCCAACAACUUCGCUCGCUCCUUCAAGCUGAUGCUGAGAUACGAGGGCCCACCCCCGACAUAACUCCUUGGCGCGGCACGAGGUGAUGGCCGAAGGGCAGACUCUGUGCUUUUAACUGCAGAUAACUAGUAGAUGUUAGGCCUGCUAACACAGCCAUGCCAACGGGAUAGAUCACGUAAUGCAACAUAAGAUUAAUCCACUUUAAUCAGGUAUUUGAGCAAAAUUAAUAUUUUUACAAUUUUUUAUUAUUGUAUUUAUAAUAUGUAUAUAGAUAUUGUGUAUGUGUAUGUAUGUACAUAUAUAUAUAUAUAUAUAUAUA